UGCAACAGCAUAAACAGCCGCUUUGAUCAACGCCAAGAAAGUUGUUCGUCUUUCCGAAUCAUCACAAUUAUUAGCAGAGAUAACAGAUAAAGCAGUUGAUUGCGCUAUUAGACCGUGUACAUUUCGCUGCUGUCGUAAGCCCGACAUUGGCAGCUGUAUGCAGCACAGCGUCACGUGGUACCCAAUUAAAUGCUCAAAACUGCCACAUGGUGUUCAUGAAUUAUUAAGAGUGCUGCUCACGUCCUUGUAUUUGGUUUUCCGUGUUGCUAGCCAUGCCUCGUCACGAGCGACUAGCCGUCGGUAUCGAUUUGGGUACAACAUUUACCUGUAUAGCCGCGUAUCGAAACGGGCGAGCGGAAGCAAUUCAGAAUGACCAAGGCAACCGCAUAACACCCAGUAUUGUCUGCUAUCACGAUGGCGAAAAGGUCGUGGGGGAAGGCGCCCUCCAUCAGUGGGCUUACUACCCAGAGAACACAAUAUGUGAUGCGAAGCGAAUGAUUGGGAGGAGAUACGACGAUCCUAUCGUUCAGGAGGAUCUAAAAAACUGGCAGUUCGAAGUCGUCGAUAAAGAGGGAAAACCGAAUGUUCUCAUUCACGAUCAGGGUCAUUCGUUGUAUGUCACCCCGGAGCAAGUAAGCGGAAUGGUAUUGCAGAAGAUGAAGGAUGUCGGAGAAGCCUACCUUGAGAAGCCGAUAUUCGACGCGGUGAUAACUGUUCCAGCUUACUUUACCGACGCACAACGGCAAGCAACGAAGGACGCCGCGACGAUCGCCGGAUUAAAUGUUCUACGAAUGAUUAACGAACCAACAGCCGCCGCAAUCUACCAUGGUACAACCAAAGCCUAUAAAAACGCUCAGAAGAUACUGGUUUUCGACCUGGGUGGAGGUACACUGGAUGUGUCUAUCUUAUCCGUUGAACCGGGGAUGAAAUUCUUUGUUCUGGGUACUCAUGGUGACCCGCAUUUAGGAGGAAAAGAUUUUGAUAACAUGUUAGCCAACGCCUUAGCUGAAGAGGUUACUACCGACAAGAAACUCAACCUGAACAAAGAAGCCGUGACCCGGUUGAGGGAAGCUUGUGAAACAGCAAAAAAGAGCCUGAGCUUUAAUACGUCGGCUAAAAUAAUGAUACCCAAUUUUGUUGGGAACGAGCCAUUCAUGCGGACGUUAAAGCGCGAAGAAUUUGAAGAAAUUUGUAAACCACUGUUUUCCCGGUUGCUACAGCCGGUUAAAGAUGCAUUACGCGAAACUUCUUUGUCAGCAGAGGAAAUCCAGGAUGUUAUUCUGAUCGGUGGAUCCAGUCGCAUAGUAAAAGUGAAGAAGCUGGUACAGGAAUUUUUCCCUGAACGAAAUAUUUUACAACACAUUCAUCCGGAUGAGUCGGUUGCGUGUGGUGCAGCCGUCUUCGCUGCCAGUUUGUCAGGCGACCCUUCCGGAAACGCCAAAGCACUGACCCUUGUGGAUGUAACCCCAUUUUCUCUGGGUAUUGAAACGCUAGGAGGAGGUUGGUACAUUGCCGUGGCCAGUCCUGGAUUUUUUGGUUCACCUGAGGGAAGGCGACAAUGGCUCUUGUCUCGUCUAUUGUAUGCUAAUGAUACAUCACAGUGGAAACUUUCGACGGACGAUAUGUCGAUGCAAGCAUUCAGGGCCUCUCCGACAGCAAAAGACAGGAGCACCAUCUGGAUGACACCCUCGCAGCAAUGUAGCGAAUAUAUUCCAGAUCGUCAGCAAUACAGCGAAGAUGCCGGAUAUAGACGAUUUCCACAAAAUUUCGCAAAAUAUGCCGGACUGAUAUGGGGCAAAAUAGCCGAAAGGAUAUCCACCCCCAGACCGGGGCUGAAUAGCCGUCUGGCUGCUCAUACGGAGAACUGGGCUAUGACCGUUUUCUUUCCGAAAAACACACGUUUACCGGCACAACACAGCGAUUAUUUUACAACUCCGGAAGACGGACAGACAUCGGUGCAGAUCAGUGUGCACGAAGGCGAAUCGGAAAUUGCUAAGGAGAACCGCCUACUCGGCACCACGCAACUCUUUGGUAUUGAGUCCGGUAAGCGAGGAAACGCGAAUAUCGUCGUCACAUUUGAAAUCGGCCCCAAUGGCAUUCUAAACGUGUCCGCUAUCGAUCAGAAUACCGGUAGUAAAGUGGAGAUCGAACUGGAUAACGAUAAGUACAAUCUGUCCACAGCGGAGAUCCACAGAAUUGCCGGAUUACUUUCAGAAGGCACCUCCGACGACAAACUCCAAGAAGAGCGAAAAGUGCUAAUAGCUCGACUGAAAGAAUAUCGACAGUCUAUCGAAGAAAUACUGGCCAAGAAUCGGCAUAAAUUAUCGGACCAGGAUUAUAAACAGGCUACCCAGAACCUGAAAGAAUUUACCGAAUGGAUUCAAGACAACGAACACGCUAACCGAACCACCAUUAUCCUAAAGCAGCAGGAAGCGUACCGCCAGUUCCGUUCAGUGCUUCUGAAACUUUCUUAAUAUUGCGUACAGUCUGUUUGUGCUGCCUGUUCAGUGUUCAUAUACAGUGACACACUUAACUUAAUUUUCAUGGUCAUAAGAAAUUUUUAUGCUGCGGGACUUGCGA